AUGGCGGUGCGCCGGCAGCUGCAGGAGCUGUUGCAGGACCCGCAGCUCGGCGGGACCAUCACUGUGGAGUGGCCGUCGUCGCACGCCGCUGCCGCAUGGGUCUCGCGGUCGCCGUCUUCCUUGCCGCCUUCCUCGUCGCCGGCCGCAGGGGCGGCGUCGCCACCGCGGCGGCGGGGGCCGCUGCCGGAGGAGUGCGCCAUGUUCCAGUGCCGCGGCUGCUGGGCGGUGCUGGGGGACUCGCUGCACCUGUGCGCGCAGGAGAAGCGGCGGCUCGGCCUCCUCGUCUGCUUCAAAGUUACAAACGAUGUGGCCUGGGAGGAUUCGCUCAUGAUCGGCCUCGAGGGACCCCUCCUGGGAUGUGCUUACAAGGCAUUAUCCUGUCGGUCAUGUGGCUUGAUCGUGGGCUUCAUUCUUUAUUCUGCCUCCAGUGACCUGGCAUAUCUCCGAGGCUUCUUCUGUUUCUUCAAGGACAGCAUCCUCUGUUAUCUCUUAAAAAACCAAAUGAUAAUAGAAGCUUCUAAGGUGGAUUUUCCUGAUGUGACCUUAAAGGAACAACUGCGGGAACUGAAAGAAAAGCUUGUGGAGGCCCACAUUCGCAUAGAAUUGCUGAUAAAGAAGCUGGAGGAACUGGAACAAAAGAAUAAUAUGGCAGAAAGGCGAAGCUCUGCAUCAGAUGCAGUUGGCUUACUGCCAGGAUAUGCAAUAGUCAGAGUCAACUAGUAAGAUGCCAUUUUCAAGAACUGCUGGAGUUGUUUCUGCAUCUCUGCUGAGUUUAUUAUGAUGAAAUAAUGCACCAGAACAGGUUUGAGUGUUGAUCUGUCACUUUAUCUGUGUAUGGAAGGAACCGAUGCUUAAGUGCAUCCCUUUAAUCUAAGGGGAACACCUGAAAAUCUGACAUACUGAAGUUAUACGUGGAAAAAUGAAUAGCUCACCCAUGCAGCACAUCACUCACUGAGACAGUAUAACUAGACUUUGAUUCUCUCUAACGACUUCAGGGGGGAAAACAGCCUUUGAAAUACUACAAACAGGUUUCUGGAACUACACAAAACAUACUAACAAGAUGAUAUUCAAGAGGAGCUAUUAUAAAUUGAACGUUCUUACAGAGAUCUGAAGUUCUUGUCCUACCUUUUCAUAUAGAUACAGUGUUAAUGGCAGCUAGCUGUUGGUCAAGUGGCUCAUUAGCCACAUCUGGUAUGUGAAGCACUGCUAAAUGGCCUCCUGAUCAGUUCUUUUGGAUUUGCUUGUGUGUGCGGCCUGCAAAAGGCACAAGCUAGCAUGUCAUAGAAGCUGCACAGUGUGCUUAGUGCAUGAAUCUGGAUGGCACAAUGCUGGGUGGAGCACAAGGUUUUACAUUUCAAAUUCAGGGGCAACCCACAUGCCUGCCAAGUCCUAUGGAAGUGUAGCCCCAUGGCUGCACAGGACUGAGUCAAGUUCUGGCAGCUCCAUGAAGCUUAGGCUGUGAGCAACUGCCUUUAACAGAUUUGAGCAUUUCUUUCUGGGGCUGAAGCUGUGAAACCAAGGAACAGUCUUCUGCUCAAUCGUGGGAACACUACUCUGCUGAAAUUGUGAUAAUCUGCCUGCUGCCUUCACUUAGCCAGUCAAGAUGUUUCAUAAAAAAUACUUAAUGGGUACUCAUUGGCAUUCUCUCUGUUUUGAAUGGGUUCUGCUUCUUUCCAAACAUCUAGAAAGUAAUUUGAUGGAAAAGAAAGAACACUACUUACCCCUUGUUAUUGGGACAGAGUAUCUUUAUUCAUAAUUCUUGUUAGUUGGAAGGUUAAGGGUCCUUUUCCUCUCCCUUUUGCUGCCUAAAGCGCUGAUGUUUUAAACCUUCCAUAAAGUUUAGUAGUUGUCUGUAGUAGUCUAGAGAGGAUUGUAUUUACUUGAUCACCUUAAUUCCAGUCAUGCAAUUUGCCAUUCCCUUACUUCUGCUUCUAUAUAUGAUUGGCAGAUUGCACCCCCCGUUGCUUCUGAUGCCAGUACUCCCUGUAUUUCAUGGUCAUAAUUGUUUUAUUUGUAAAAUACCUCUUGUAAUGGGCUUGGAGCAGAGGGGACAAAACUCACUGCAAGGCACCUCAGAGGCUUUAGGUGGGCAGCUGGUACUUAUGCUAUUGCUAAUGUUCACUGUGCUGCUUUUUGAUUAAGAGUUCCAGGUUGUCUCAGUUCAUUCUGAUUAAGCAACAAUGUAGAAUAUCAACAACCAUUCUGCAGGGAGAGGAGGGAUGCUCUCUGUUAAAUUCUAAUACUAUAUGCUAUCUAAAUUAUUUUUGUUGUUUAUGUUUUACAAAUUUGACAGGCGUAAGUGCAAAAAUACAGUGCUUUUCAAUGACAGCUGAAUUCAGGAUACCAAAAGUAACUACUUGAAGUAAAUGUUACACUCUUGUAAGAUCUGUUUCAUUGCCUGUAAUGAUAAAUGUUAUCUUCUCUAAAAUGAGCUCUAUCCUUAAACCUUAACUGGAAGGUUGUUCUUAACAGUUGUCACUGUAUAUGCAUGUAAAGUUUUGAUUAGCUGUAUUUGAUUAUUUCAUUUUAAAGUUGUGCAGUGACUUCUGCAUUAUGUUUAAGGGCCUGUUGGUCUUUAAUUGGGGUCUUGUGACUAAGCUCAUUUUGUGCAAGCAUCUCCCCAUCUCAGGUAAAUGUUUUCCAUUGUAUUACUUCACCUUUGUGUUACUUUCUAAGUGACAGCCCUUUUGUUGUUGCAUCAGUCUGAGAAACAUGAUUGAUAACGGGACUACUCACUCUUGCCCUUUCAUUCUGGUUUCUGCAUUAAGACUGUUUCUUGCUAUAUACUUUAUAUCUAUACUGUGUAAAUAGUGCUAAAUGGUCUUGCUUCAUUUAGCUAAGUGUCCACCCCUAAAAGGAAAUUUGUCAGUUACAUUUUUUUUAUAUUAUCUUUACAGUUGUAAAGAAGAAACUUUUUUAAAUAAAAAAAGCUGAAAUUCA